GUCGAAGAAAAGAAGCUAAAGAAAUACUGCUACAGCUAGUUUGGGGUUGGGCCGGCGAUCGAGGAAUCAAUGGAGUCGUCGGCGCAUGUGCUGGUGUUCCCGUGGCCGCUGCAGGGCCACAUCAACUGCAUGCUCGACCUCGCCGCCGUCCUCCUCGACGCCGGCGUCCGCGUCACCUUCCUUCACACCGACCACAACCUCAGCCGCCUUCCCAAAGGAUCGACGACGACCCUGGCACCACAACAGGGCCUCCGUCUUCUCUCCAUCCCUGACGGCCUCCCCGAAGACCACCCACGCUCCGUGCGCCACCUCAAGGAGAUCUCCGAGUCCAUGCUCACCACGGGCCAAGCCGCCUACCGCGCCCUGCUCCUGUCCCUUUCUUCAGCAGCUGCCGGUUCCCCUGUGACAUGCGUUAUCGCCGAUGGCAUCAUGCCGUUCGCGGUCGACGUGGCCGAGGAGCUUGGCGUCCCGGCGCUGGCAUUCCGCACGGCCAGCGCCUGCAGCUACCUGGCGUACCUGUCCGUGCCCAGGCUCCUGGAGCUCCAAGAGGCUCCUUUCCCUUCGGACGAGCCCGUGCGCGGCGUGCCCGGCAUGGAGCGCUUCCUGCGGCGCCGAGACCUUCCUCGCGGAGUCGGCAUCCCCAAGGGCGACGGCGUGGAGUUCGACCCCAUGCUGCUCACAAUCGCCGACGGCAUCGCGCGCGCCGGCAAGGCGCGGGCGCUCAUUCUGAACACGGCCGCAUCCAUGGAGGGCGCCGCGCUCGGCCGGAUCGCGCCGCACAUGCGCGACCUUUUCGCCGUUGGCCCUCUCCACGCCACCAAUGGCGUCGCCAAUGCCAAUGCCGAGGCCAGUGGCAAUGGCAAUGCCAGUGCCAACACCAAAAUCAAUGGCAAUGGCAGAGGGAGCGAGGAGCACCACGGGUGCAUGGCGUGGCUGGACGCGUGGCGAGAGCGGUCUGUGGUGUACGUGAGCAUGGGGAGCCUGGCGGUGAUCACGCACGAGCAGUUCACCGAGUUCCUCUGCGGACUCGUGGGCGCCGGGCAUGCCUUCCUCUGGGUGCUCCGCCCGGACAUGGUACUCCAGGCAACAACAACCAGCUCUAUCUCCGUUACCGACGCCGUCAUGGCAGCUGCAGGAGACAAGGCGCAUGUCGUGGAGUGGGCGCCGCAGAGGGCCGUGCUGCGGCACCGGGCCGUGGGGUGCUUCCUGAUGCACGGGGGGUGGAACUCCACGCUGGAAGCCGUGGCCGAGGGCGUGCCCAUGGUGUGCUGGCCCUUUUUCGCCGACCAGCAGAUCAACAGCCGCUUCAUGGGCGCAGUGUGGAGGACCGGCUUGGACAUCAAGGACGUUUGCGACAGGGCCAUCGUGGAGCGCGAGGUCAGGGAGGCCAUGGAGUCCGCCGAGAUCCGGGCCAGGGCGCAGGCGAUGGCGCACCAGUUGGGGCUGGACGUUGCUCCGGGGGGUUCGUCGUCAUCCGAGAGAGACCGGCUCGUCGCCUUCAUCAGGGAUCUCAGCGCCCUGCAGCGUGUCUAGUUUAUUAGGAUGAACAACUUCGAUCGAGUAUUACUAAGUUUUUGAAUUUAGGUUUCAUUUUGAAUCAUAUUAAUUGUAGUUGCUUCACAAAAUAUCUCACAUUUUGCAUUUGGAAAAUUAGAAAUCAUUUUUUAAACCAACAUUUGCAAAGAUCUUUGGCAAUGUUGUUUGUCACUAGAAGAUGCACCUUUGUGCAAAAAAUGGAUACAUUAUCAUGAACU